CACCGCACCGUUGCCAUGGCAGCGGGAGGGGGGGGCGCGGCUGACGUGCAGCGGCGUUUCCGGGAAGAUGGCGGCUGUCGAAGCGGCUGCGGAGCGGGUAAUGGUGGUGGCGGCUGUUGAGCCAAAGGCGAAAGACGAAGAGGAGGAGGAAGAAGAACCGCUGCCACCGUGCGAGGCGGUGCGCUGGGCCCCAGUGGGGGCUGUGGCGGAGGCCCGGCCUGGGGCAACUGCGUUUCUGGAAGAGGCGGCGGCCGAGGAGCCUGGCGCGGCCCCCGGCUCCCCGCCGGAUUCGCCGGGCCGGACGCUGCGACGGCUGCGGGCCGAGCGGCGGCGGCUGGACUCGGCGCUGCUGGCGCUGUCCUCGCACUUCGCGCAGGUGCAGUUCCGUUUGCGCCAGGUGGUGCGCGGGGCGCCGGCGGAGCAGCAGCGCCUUCUGCGGGAGCUCGAAGACUUCGCCUUCCGUGGCUGCCCUCAUGUCCUGGGUUACGAGGGGCCCGGGGACCCCGCCAGCGAUGAAGGCGAUGGGCUGCCAGGGGACCGGCCACGGUUGCGGGGCGAGGACCAGGGCUUGAGUGAGCAGGCAAAACAAGAGCGUCUGGAAACCCAAAGGGAAAAGCAGAAAGAACUGAUACUGCAGCUCAAGACCCAGCUAGAUGACCUGGAAACGUUUGCCUAUCAAGAGGGCAGUUAUGACUCCCUGCCACAGUCCGUGGUUUUGGAAAGGCAGCGGGUGAUCAUAGAUGAGUUAAUAAAGAAAUUGGACAUGAAUCUGAAUGAAGACAUCAGUUCCUUGUCCACUGAAGAGCUUCGUCAACGUGUAGAUGCAGCGGUGGCUCAGAUCGUGAACCCAGCCCGGGUCAAAGAACAAUUGGUUGAGCAACUGAAAACUCAAAUCCGAGACCUCGAGAUGUUCAUCAACUUCAUCCAAGAUGAAGUGGGAAGCCCCUUGCAGACAGGGGGUGGACACUGUGAGUGCAAGGCCGGUGGGAAGGCAGGCAAUGGCUGCACCAGAACAGGCAGCAGCAGACCACCUCCAGGAAACCCCAAAACAAAGGCAGAGGAUGUCAAGAAGGUCCGGGAGACAGGGCUGCACCUGAUGCGGCGAGCGCUGGCAGUGCUCCAGAUCUUUGCUGUUAGCCAAUUUGGUUGUGCCACAGGCCAGAUCCCUCCAACCCUGUGGCAGAGGGGCCAGGCUGACAGAGACUACUCUCCCUUGCUGAAGAGGCUAGAGGUGUCAGUGGACAGAGUGAAGCAGCUAGCUUUGAGGCACCAGCCACACGACCAUGUCAUCACCUCUGCCAACCUCCAGGACCUCUCUCUGGGAGGCAAGGAUGAGCUGACCACGGCUGUGCGGAAGGAGCUGACGGUGGCUAUGAGGGACCUCCUGGCCCACGGACUGUAUGCCUCCUCCCCAGGGAUGAGCCUUGUCAUGGCUCCUAUUGCUUGCUUGCUGCCAGCCUUCUCCUCAGCCCCUGAGGCCAUGCAUCCCUGGGAGCUCUUUGUAAAGUACUACCAUGCCAAGAACGGCCGUGCUUAUGUGGAAUCCCCAGCCCGGAAGCUCUCCCAGUCCUUCGCCCUUCCUGUUACAGGAGGCACUGUUGUGACCCCCAAACAGAGCCUACUGACAGCCAUCCACAUGGUGCUGACAGAGCACGACCCCUUUAAGCGCAGUGCAGACUCAGAAUUGAAGGCCUUGGUGUGCAUGGCACUGAACGAGCAGCGUCUGGUGUCCUGGGUGAACCUCAUCUGCAAGUCCGGGUCACUCAUCGAGCCUCACUAUCAGCCUUGGAGCUACAUGGCACACACAGGCUUCGAGAGUGCCCUCAACCUGCUCAGUCGCCUCAGCAGCCUCAAGUUUAGCCUCCCUGUAGAUCUGGCUGUGCGCCAGCUCAAAAACAUCAAAGAUGCCUUUUGAUAAGAAUGCCCUGACCCCAGUCCAGCUCCUUGUUCACUAGGGAUAGAUGUGUUAGUCUUCUAGCAUAGGAGGGAGGAAUCAAAGGUGGGGUUAAAGGCAUUUUUCCCAGACCCCGCUCAGGCAGUCAGCCAAGUGAGUGCAAAGUCUGUUUUCCCCACCAACGUAGCAUCUUGGAAAGAUGUGCUCGAGACUCUCUUAUUAAGAAGGUUCUCCCCCAGUAUAUGUGAGGGCACAUGUGCUUGAGCCUGUAUUAAAGGAAUCAGGUUGGGCACGGUG